CUCUCCUCAAUGGCCUUCCUCGGUGUCAUUCAUGGUCUUUAGCCUUACUCGGAUCGGGGAGCUUGGAAUUGCUCAUCCCCUCCCGCGACAGCAUCGGCUUCCCGCGGUCUGCGGCGCGUAUGAUCAGUGUCGCGGCGGUGGUGUUUGAAUUGGAACUGAAUCUGUUCAACGGCGCAACGACCAUCUCAUUCGUGUUGGCGCACAAGCAGGCGGACCGAUGGCCUCACUUGCGCAACCAGCGCUGCGGAGCGCGGCAGACGCGCCCACGCUGUCGCUAACAGGACUCGCCAAGCGCAUCAAUAUCCCUCUCGAGCCGAACAGUCCUGCCGGUCUAGUGCAGGCCUUGACAGAAGACCCGUGGUCGCAAUCCGGCAAAUAUGGGUUGGGCUGGACGUACUUUGCGCUCUGCCUGGGGGCAUGCGCGGUAUUCGUGAGGAUAUGGCAUUACUGGCAGGACAAGAUUCGGCAGGCCAUCUAUAAGCAGGAGAUGGAACAGCACUUUCAGAGUCUAUAUUCGAUGAGUCCGGAUUGGGACAGAUCGGCUGCAUUGGCCACGGGCGUCACAGCGGCGGAAUCAAGGCGACACUUCUUCCCUGACGAUCCGCCGAUCGAGGAAAAGCAUUUCAGACCAAAGGCGCACUUUUCGUCUGUCACCUUCGUCAACGACACGCUGGCGCUCUUCCGCUGGGUGUUCUACCGCCCGAUCCCGGACAUCGUGUGGAGAAAACACCGGUUCACCUUCUCCUCCAUUGCCGUGCUGGGCUGCGUCUUCAUUGCCCUUGCAUUCGUGACGGUGUAUUGCUUCCUACAGCAGCCACUGUACUGGCAAAGCAUACGCUUCGGGUCGCCGCCGUUGGCCAUUCGCUCCGGCAUGAUGGCCGUUGCCAUGACGCCUUGGAUCUUUGCCACGGCGACCAAGGCAAACAUUCUCACUCUUAUUACAGGCAUUGGCCCGGAGCGCCUCAACGUCUUUCAUCGCUGGUUGGGCUAUCUGUGCCUGUUCCUCUCCCUCGUCCACACCGUUCCUUUUUACAUUCAACCGGUCUGGGAGGACGGUGGCAUGGAGGUAUUCGAGGUGCUGUUCCCUCCCGGAAGUGGAAUCAUCUAUGGAUCUGGGAUCGCUUGCCUCGUGCCUCUGGGUUGGCUUUGCGUGGGUUCCUUACCCAUCAUCCGCAGGAAAGCGUACGAGCUCUUCUCCCUCCUGCAUGCCCCUGUUGGCUAUGUUUACCUCGCCGUGCUCUUUUGGCACACUAAGAACUUUCUUAUGUCGUGGGGGUAUCUGUGGGCUUCGAUCGGCAUCAUCGUAUUCUGCAACGUCCUGCGGCUUUUCAAGCUGAACUGGGCUAAACCAUGGCGCAUGGCCUGGCUGGUCGGAGACGAGGCCGCUAUCAAUAUCAUGACCGAGGACGCGAUAAAAAUCACCAUUCCGACACAGAUGCGCUGGAAGCCCGGCCAGUACGUCUAUCUACGCAUGCCGGGCAUCUCUCUCUUCGAAAACCAUCCUUUCACCAUCUCAUCUCUCUGCAGCGAGGACUUCCCUUCCGAGUACGGCGAGCAGUACCGAGACUGCGUGCUCGUCUUCCGCCCAUACGGUGGUUUCACACGCAAGGUGCUCGAGACGGCCAUCGACAAGGGGCCCUUCCAUACUUAUCGUGCAUUCCUCGAUGGCCCUUACGGCGGGAUGCGGCGCGAACUGGCCGCUUUCGACACGUGUAUCUUGAUUGCGGGCGGCAGCGGCAUCACUUCCCUCAUGUCACAACUCCUGAACCUCAUCAAGCGCAUGCGCGACGGCAAGGCCAUCACCAAAAAGAUCGUGGUAGUGUGGGCGCUGAAGCGCCUUGAAGCGAUGGACUGGUUCCGUGAGGAGCUGCGCAUUUGCCGCGAGGCCGCGCCCCCGGAGAGUGUUACCUGCAAGUUCUUUGUUACUGCAGCAGUGAGGAAACAGGACAACGCCCAUCACGGCCGCGUGCCGAGGCCGCUGAGCAAUCUGUUCCAUGACAAGUUGGACGGUUUCGUGGCGGGCAUCGCCAGUAAGCGCAACAGCGCAUUGAUCAUGGCUGAGGCGCAAGGGGACCCGGAGAGGGAACGAGAACUACGCGCCGAGGACGAGGAUCGCAUCACCGCUUUGCCGCAGCAGAAAUACCUCCAACCCCAUACCUUCCCACCUCCUCCUCCCGGCCCACCGCCGAAUGCUCCGCACAAGAAUAAGGCGUCGGUCGCGGAGGAGACGCUCCGCAAGCUCGAGGGCCGCAGCAGCGAGUCCGGUUCCGCCGAACGAGCCAAUAGCGAUGGCAAGGCUGAGAGUACCAGCAGCGGGAGGAAGGACGGCGAGUUCCACUUCCGGCCGGUGGUGCCACGGGGCGACAAGACGCCUCAUUUUAACUACGCCCCACCGGCAGCAAGACAACGGUACAGCCAGAUUCUGGCCGAAGCGGACCCGCGUCCAAGCCAAGCGGGCAGCGCAGUAACCGAUGGUGCUAGAGAACAGCAAGGAGUCGGAAGCACCGGCGGGCCUUCCUCAUCAGCAUCAGCAUCGGUCCCAGGACCAUCCUCAGCCCCGGUCCCGAUCCACCCUCCCGAGCUGGCCCACCUCCGCACCACCGACUUGGGCGGACCCAGCCGGCCAAGACCCACCAGCACGUUUGGCCCGCCAUCAGGAUUCGACUUUGGGUUUCCCGAGACGCCGACCGAAUUCCAGCGGUCUCUGAUGCGCUUCGCAUUUCCCAUACCGCAUGAGAUCGACGGCGGAUGGAGCGUGGAAUACGGGCGGCCGGAUCUGGGAUACAUGCUCAGGGAGUGGGCUACGGGGGGCCCCGACGGGAGAGGCGUCCUCGGCAGGAGGACUGCCGUGUUUGUGUGCGGGCCGCCGUCGAUGCGGGAGGGCGUCGCGAAUACAGUGGCGCGGCUGCAGGCUGAGAUUUGGGGGGAUGAUAUGCUCGAGGAGAUCUUUUUGCAUACGGAGAACUAUGCACUGUAAACUAACGGGACGGGAAAGAGAAGGGUGGCGCGGCGUUUGGUGCGGUAGGAUACCAUAUGUGUUUGCUUGGUCGCACAUGUUGAUGCGAGCGGCUUGGUUGGCUGCGCUGUGUACGGCAUACCUGCCUACGUAUGUACAUUUUUAUUACCAUCAGUGAAGCCCGUAUAUAUA